AUGUCUCAAUUAUCAGCGCCUGACAAGGAAACUCCCAACGCCACAAAACCCAAGUCUUUCACGGGUAUCAAUCAUCUCAAACUGCCGUGCCACGAUAUAAUCAAAACUGGACAAUUCUACGAGACACUCUUCCACUUGGACCGAGUCCUCAAAUACAAUCACUACACUCCAGACCACAAGCUAUUUGCCAUCAUGCUGGAGCACAAACCAACCAAGCUUAUCGUCGAGCUACGACAUGUCCCAGCACAAGCAAGCGCCCAGAAGGGCUGGGACCCGAUUACGUGGGGCGUCGGCACUCGUGCGGACCUAGAGGAAUGGGGAGUCUGGUUAGAUGCGCAUGGCGUCUCGAGAAAACCCACGCUAGUCAUCAACGAGCCCGAGAUCGAAUACCCAGAGGGAAUCAAACUAUGGCUCAUAAUGCUAUCUGUAACUGCUGUUCUAAUCUUGAGCAGCAUAGAUAUGAACAUAGUCGCAACUGCAGUCCCGAGCAUAACAGACCAUUUCCACACGGUAGCUCACGUCGGAUGGUAUUCAUCCGCCUUUAGACUUUGUGUCUGCGCAUUCCAAUUUAUCUUUGGAAAAGCAUACAAGCUCUUUUCUGUCAAGCGAGUAUUCCUCCUCGCCAAUGCAAUAUCUUUAGCGGGAUCUAUACUGUCUGGUUCUGCUACCACGUCGACUAUGCUUGUUGUGGGUAGAGCAGUUUCUGGCCUUGGUGCUGCAGGUUUGUUCGCUGGUUGUUUUGUCAUUGUGGUACAGUCAACACCUUUACGCCAAAGACCCAUGUUUCUAGGUAUCAUGGGCGCGGCUGAAGGUCUCGCGACAAUUGCCGCUCCACUUCUUGGUGGUGCUCUUCAGACGCUGAGUUGGCGCUGGUGUUUUUAUAUCAACGCACCAAUUGGACUGAUCGCGUUUUUGGCCUCUAUGCUCUGCUUGCCAGAUAUCCAGAAGCCCAUUGAGAUUGCUCGGUUGACCCUCAAAGAAAAGGUAGCCCAGCUUGAUCCGACGAGUAACUUCCUACUUCUUCCAGCACUCACGAGCCUCUUCCUCGCCUUUUCCUGGUCUGGCACGAAGUACUCAUGGAAGAGUGGUGAGGUUAUUGGUCCACUGGCUUCUUUCGCAGUUCUCUCGAUUGCAUUUGUCCUCAAUCAAACCCGCAAACGCGAGAUUGCUGCCCUCCCUCCUCGUUUGAUGAAGCAUCGCAGUGUAAUAGCUGGUUUUAUCUUCAUGUUUUGCAUUAACAGUACCGGCGUUGUACUUGAGUACUACCUCCCUACGUACUAUCAGCUUGUGCGUGGAUAUACACCUGUGAAGAGUGGCUACAUGAUACUUCCUAUCAUCAUUGCAGCAACGAUAGGAUCACUGAUCCAUGGAGCUGGCACGAGCGUAUUUGGAUACUACACCCCAUUCAUGAUCCUGGCUUCAGUAAUCAUGCCGAUAGCAAUUGGACUCAUCACAACUUUCGAAAUCGACACAAGUUUGGAACGUCUUGUUUCUUAUACGGCAUUGUCAGGACUGGCCUAUGGAAUAGGCUUCAUCGGUCCCCAAACAGCUGUGCAGACUGUUUUACCUGCUGAGGAUGUUCCACUUGGGUUGUCCAUCAUGUUGUUCGCACAAUCCUUUGGCCCUGCUGUAACAGUUCCCAUUGCACAAGUGCUUUUUACGAACCAACUGACGACCAACUUGAAAGGCCUCGCACCGAACUUGAGUCAACGGAACAUCAGCAACAGUGGACUCACUGAGAUGGUAGCAAGUGUACAGGCUUCAGACACGAGGGUAGUACUUAUUGCUGUUAAUAAGAGCCUAAGCCAGACGUGGUACUUUAUCACAGGACUGGCUUCGAUAGCAAUUGUGGGAAGUUUAUCCACCAAGUGGAAAUCCGUUAAGAAGUAA